AUGGUACAAUGGGCUGUCGAGCUCAGCCAGUUUGAUAUAGAAUACCGUCCACAGACAGCCAUAAAGGCUCAAGCGUUGGCCGAUUUCAUAGCGGAAUUCACCACCCUCGAGAACACAAGCGACCAAGAAGAUCUCUGGAUGAUAAACACUGACAGAUCAUCCACUCAAAAAGGAGGCAGAGCAGGCAUUGUUAUUAGUUCCCCUAAACAAGACGUUCUCAAGUAUGGGGUCCAGCUCAAAUUCCCUAUAACUAAUAACGAAGCAGAGUAUGAGGCCUUGCUGAUAAGACUAAGAAUAGCUCAAGCACUUGGAGCUGAAAAUAUCGUGCUCAAGAGCAACUCGCAGCUCGUCAUAGGGCAAGUUAGAGGAGAGUUCGAAGCAAAAGAGACGAGGAUGCAGAAAUACCUCAAACUGACGAACCAGCUGGUAAGUGCCUUUCAUCACACAGAGUUCGUUCAAAUCCCACGGGAUCGGGAUGCAGAAGCUGACGAGGUAGCACGAAGCGCCUUAACAGACAACCGGGAUAAAAUGAAUAAUUGGAGGCUGGAAGAACAAAACUCCUCUAGCAUCAAGGAACUUCAAACUUUCUCAGUACACACCAGCCCAAGAUGGACGAGCCCAAUUCUGUCGUUCCUUCAAGAAGGACGAUUACCACCAAAUCCUAAAGAAGCUAAGAAGAUCCAGAAACGUGCUGCCAAGUAUACAAUACUAAAUGACGAGCUCUACAAAAGGGGUUACUCCCAACCAUAUUUAAGAUGUAUAGAAGAGGAAGAAGCCAGAUACGUCUUGGAAGAAGUACACAGGGGAAUCUACAGAGACCACAUAGGGGCAAAGUCCCUUGUAAGGAAAAUUAUGAGAACAGGCUACUUCUGGCCGACAAUGCAGCAAGAUGCAGCCAAUUUCAUGAAGAAGUGUAACAGUUGCCAAAGGUACAGAAAUGUUCAACGAGUCCUCGGAGAAAAGAUGAUGACAAUUUCCUCGCCUUGGCCAUUUGCACAAUGGAGGAUCGACAUCAUGGGUCCCUUACCACAGGAAAAGAGACAAAUGAAGUUCCUGCUCGUCGCGAUUGACUACUUCACAAGGUGGGUCGAAGCGGAAGCCCUUGCAACAAUCACGGAAGCAAAGAUACAAAAUUUUGUGUGGAAAAAUAUUGUUUACAGGUUCGGGAUACCUAGAACGAUCAUAUCAAAUAAUGAUCGUCAAUUUGACAACUAG